AUGAACAACCCUCUCAAUUUGCCUACUUUCUUUCUAUACCCAGCUGGUCCAGACCCUGAUGACAGCACGCAAUACUACACCACUCAGCCUAUUGGCCAGUCCCAGGAUGUACAACAGAGUCACCAGCACCAUCAAGCUGUCUCUAACCAGGCUCCUCUGCAGGCCCAUGGUAACUACCACCCCAGCUCCAGCUAUGAAGUUCACAGUUCCAGAUAUAGUCCCAUGGGACACCACCCCAAGGCGUUCGACUGCCCAAGCAUCCAGAUCACAUCCAUCAGUCACAGUCACCAAGAGCUGGGCUCCAGCCAGGAUGCCGUGCUCAUCAGCGGGGCAGACGGCGGGGGGGAGUGCAGCCGUGAGCGUUCCUCAUCCAGGGACCACCUCUACCUGUCCCUGGACCCUUGUUACAGGGACUCAUCUUCCCUGAACCUCAGCCCCUGCAGCAGCCUGUCUUCCAGGAGCUGGCUGUCUGACAUGUCUUCCUGCGAGUCCUUCUCCCACGUGUACGACGACGUGGAGGCUGAGCUAAACGAGGCGGCCGCCCGCUUCACCCUGGGCUCCCCGCUGGCCUCUCCCCUGGCCUCCCCUGUCUGCUCCCCACAGGGCCAGGCCGCAGGGGGAUUCGGGGUAGAGCUGUGGCAGCAGCAGUACUUCAUGAGCACCGACUCCCUCUCGCCCCGCCAGUCCCCUCGCCAGUCGCCCCACCAGUCCCCUCGCCAAUCGCCCCGCCAGUCCCCCUGUCACUCCCCGCGCAACAGCGUCACAGAUGAGAACUGGCUGAACCCGCGUCCCACCUCCAGGUCCGGCUCAAGGCCCACAUCCCCUUGCGGGAAAAGACGGCACUCCAGUGCAGACGUCCACUUAGCCUCCCCCUCCCCCUCCCCACACCACUCCCCCAGUCCCACACCGGGUCACUCUCCCAGGGGCAGUGUGACAGAGGAUACCUGGGUGGUUGGAAGCCCUGGUGCCAUGGGGGCCCUCCUGUACAGCUUCCCUGAGGUAGACGUUCCCUCCAAGACCAGGAGGACCUCUCAGCAGGCUCACAUGAGUCUAAUGCAAGCACAGGGAGAUUCAGGGCAGGGGCUGGAAGACCAAAGAGCUGCUUUGCCUUACCUGGACUCACCUGCAGAGGAGUCUGGGUCUACUCUAAAACAGGAUGGCCUUUUUGAAGAACUUUUUCUCUCGGUUCCCUCACACUUCACCUGGAGCAAACCCAGACCUGGCAACACACCCCUUUUCAGGUUUGUUAUUCAUAAUCACAUCGGCAUCAAUACUCACAUGCGUGCUUCAUCAUGUCAACCACACGUGUUGUCAUUUCCCCGAUCACUCAGUAUGGUGCAGACAUUGUACUACCAUAGCAAUCCUAGCAAGGCAAAGGGUCAGGAGAGCUUAACUAGAGGUGAAGAACAAAACACCAACCCCCAUGGUAUUUUUAACACCAAAUCUGAAUGACUGUAUUUUUAUGAGAAAGAACGUCUGGGUCAUAUUCAUUAGCGCACACACGCUGUAGAAAAACGUAGCAAAACGUAGCUAAAAUAAAUACAUUAAACAUUUCUUAUUGGACAAGUUCAGGUAGUCCCUCCCUGUUUCAGUCUGUUUUCUUCCAUUUGCUGCCUAAUUAAUACAGCCCUGUGUUGUCUCCCCCACCCAGGACCUCGUCCCUGCCCCCUCUGGACUGGCCCCUUCCCAGCCAGUUUGGCCAGUGUGAGCUGAAGGUGGAUGUGCAGCCGCGGGGCCACCACAGGGCCCACUACGAGACAGAGGGCAGUCGGGGGGCCAUCAAGGCUGCCUCAGGAGGGCACCCUUUAGUCAAG